GGGAUCUGGUGCUUGAGUGCACAAACCAAGUCAGUUUCAUGAUAUGGAUGAGCAAUUGUGAGGCUACAGGUGGAAGGAACUGAGAAGCGGAUAAUUGAUGGAUACCUGCUUGGGUUGGAGGCUGUACUUUUAGAGGAGGAGGACAGCAAAUAAGGGAGGAGGAGGCACAAUGUUUCUGUCUAUUACUGGAAAAGCUGUGAAGGGGGAGCUAGCUCACAAGUGAGCAUCUUGGAGCCACCGGAGGAAAGAAGACGGACAGUCUCUGAACAGCACAGUGUCUCCGCUCAUCGUUUCACACAUUCGCUAUGCUGUGGAGUUAGAAAUGUAGUACCAUUUGCCUGCUGCAUUAUGAUUGUUAUCCUUCUGACAACAUGUGCGGAAGAUGGCAUAGCAACGGAUCCCACCUUCCGCCACCAAACUGGAGCCCCCCUGCGCACCGCAGCCGGACCGAUGUGACGCUCUUUGUUUGGGGCUGAAGAAGCCAGUCCACCGCUUGCCCCAGGAAAGCCAUUCUCUCCUAAUUCAUGAGCCAGCAGGAUGUGGUCGCCGUGCUUUCAGAACGCCUUCUCAUAGCCGCGUACAAAGGGCAAGUGGAUAAUGUUGUGCAGCUGAUCAACAAGGGUGCCAAGGUAGCCGUUACCAAGCAUGGGCGGACUCCUCUCCAUCUCGCGGCUUACAAGGGCCAUCUCCAUGUUGUCCAGAUUUUGCUCAGAGCAGACUGUGAUGUGGAUCUUCAGGAUGAUGGUGAUCAAACAGCUUUGCAUCGAGCUACAGUUGUAGGGAACACAGAUGUAAUAUCCACUCUUAUCCAUGAAGGAUGCUCUUUAGACAGACAAGACAAGGAUGGGAAUACAGCUCUCCAUGAAGCCUCUUGGCAUGGUUUCAGCCAGUCGGCCAAACUCCUUGUUAAAGCAGGAGCCAAUGUUCUGGCCAGAAACAAGGCAGGUAACACGCCACUGCACUUGGCUUGCCAAAACAGUCAUUCGGAAAGUGUUCGAGUCCUACUGCUUGGAGGUUCCCGGGUUGAUAUCAAAAACAAUGCAGGAGAUACCUGUUUGCAUGUCGCAGCUCGUUACAAUCACUUACCCAUCAUUAGGCUACUCCUCAGUGCUUUCUGUUCAAUCCAUGAAAAAAACCAGGUUGGCGAUACAGCACUCCAUGUAGCUGCAGCACUAAACCAUAAGAAGGUAGUCAAACUCUUGUUGGAGGCAGGAGCUGAUGGGACAGUAGUUAACAAUGCUGGUCAGACCCCACUUGAAGUUGCCCGUGAACACAACAACGCUGAAGUGGCCCUUCUGCUCACAAAGGCCCCGCAGGUCUCACGGUUCAAUCGUGGGAGAAGCUUGAGGAAGAAGAGGGAGAGACUCAAAGAAGAGAGACGUGCUCAGUCUGUACCAAGAGAUGAAGUGGUACAAAGCAAGGGCAGUGCCUCGGCUGCUGAUGACACCAACAGCAGUGACCCACCCCCUCAUGGGAGAAAUAACUUGAAAGAUGAAGCCCAGCUGCCUUUGUCCGAACUCCGAGGGAGGAAGAGCAAGAAAAAGAAACCAAGGGAAAAGGUUUCAGCACUCUCUGACCCCACAUCCCCUGCUGACCAGCAGAUGCCUUCUGGCCCACACCAGAACUUGCCAAAACGCAGGAGCAAGCACCGCUGCUCAUCUCCACCGCCACCCCAUGAAUUCAGAGCAUAUCAGUUGUAUACACUUUACCGUGGGAAGGAUGGUAAAAUCAUGCAGGCACCAAUAAAUGGAUGUCGCUGUGAACCGCUGAUAAAUAAAGUAGAGAACCAAUUGGCAGCUGCUGUGGAAGAAAUCAAAGCUGAGUUUGUAUCAGUACAGGAUAAGAUGAAUAGCAAACUUGGACAGAUGGAAAACAAAACACAACACCAGCUCCGCGUUUUAGACAAAUUAAUGGCGGAGAGGCUGUCAGCAGAAAGAACAGAGUGCCUUCAUCGCCUUCAGGAGCACACGGAGCUGGAAAAAGCUGAAGGGGAGAAACGCCAGUUGUCUUUGGUGGGCGAACUGAAAGCCUGGUGCCUGUUAAAACUUCAGAAUCUAGAACUGAAGCUGUCUGGAGAUUCCAGAUCUUCAAGGCCCAAGUCAACUCUGUCCACCUGUGAAUCACUCACUGAGACUUUGGAUACCGAAAACCUUCCUAGUACAAAAGACUGCAAAGCUAGCCAACCUCACCUGCAGAGCGAUGGGUCCCAGCAGCAUUCCUGCCUUGCUCUCCAGAACCCUCUGCCUGAAGACCCUGGGAGGGGAAGGCCGCCAGCCACAGAGCAGAGCUACGGGAAGCAAUAUUUUGUUGCUCAACAACCCACCACCUCAGGAACUGAGCAACAGUUAGUUGGUGCUGCUCCACCUCCUUCUGGAGCUUCUCCACGAGUCGUCCGGCCGAAGGACAAAGCAGGAUUAAGCAGGUUGCAACAAGAGCUGCCUCCGCCAGAAUACUCAGGUUCCAAAUUAAGGCACGUCAAGGUACAAACUGCUGCACACUCUGCUGACUUUGCCAAGGCAGAGUCACAGUCUGGCUGCUUGAUAGACAGAGGGACCCAAACAAAGAAGGGGACCAGAAAUGGCCAGUUGAAGCACAGAGCCCACCAACAUGGAGGGACUCACCCUGGGCAGCCCUUGUCAGCCCAGCCUGCACCACCUUCUGCCUCAGGCGGCAAUGAGCCCAGCCCAAAGCUUGCAGGCACCUCUCAGGCCCUUGAAAUCACCCAGUACUUCUUUGAGGCAGUGUCCGGUCAGAUGGAGAAGUGGUACGAGAGGAAGAUCGAGGAAGCGCGGAGCCAAGCUAAUCAGAAAGCCCAAGAAGAUAAAGUUGCCCUCAAAGAACAUAUAAAAGAUUUAGAAGAGGAACUGCAUAAACUGAGGACUAAGUUGCAAAAAGACAAGUAGCCUUGGUUCUUGUUCCUGCAAAGACUCGGGGGGGGGGGGGGCUGCAAUUUUUCACAAACAGCGAUUAAGCUAAUUGGGGAGGGGGUGGAAUGGGGAGAGAUGGGAGGAGUAAGCUGCAUCAUGUUUCUAGGGUCGGUGGCCUUCCAAGMUGGUGAAGACUGUAUUUSGAAUCUAGAUCUGUUUUCUAAAAUUAGCAYUUCUUUUCUUCUGGGUCGGCAAUGAAUGUGUAACCAUCAUGGUUAUGUAGCUAUGCAGUGACUUGUGGACAUCCCACUUAUUAGGCACCAGCCACUGUGAUAAACAAGGUCUGUUCCCCUUUCGCUUGGGAAUGUUUCCACUCCUUCACAUAAAGCAAUCUCUGUUGUGAUAAGAAGUGAGAUACCUGCUGCCACAAUUCCCUCCUUGUUCCACAGAUACCAUGUGCAAAUAGAAACCUCCAUCUUCUGCUUCUGGAUUGACAAGGGAACGGAUCCCUGUCGAUUGCAGCAGCGACUGCCUGGUAACUGGGGGUUGGGGGAUUACAUCAGGGAAUAUGUUCAGAUUAUGAAUAUGAAACAGUCACGAAUGUGUAACUUUAGAUUACGUAUUCAUAACUGCCCAAGAGAAUUUUGGACAUGUUUAUUUUAUCUUUCUAUAGCGUGCCAGAUGUGAUAGCAGUUCUGUGUAGGAUGUCCUUGCGUGCCCUACUUCUGCUCGUGAUAGUUCCAAGGAUCAGUAAUAUCCCUUUCCUCCCAUCUAAUGCCUGUGCCAUUUUAUAAAUAUUUUUGAAGUUUUAUUUUAUAUAUAUUUUAUCCUUUUUUAAAAAAUUCCCUUGUUAAGUCACUUAAGCUCUGGAGUGCUCAUGUAUCCUCUUGGAAAUUAAAAAGUGGCCAACCUUAGCUAGACUACCUCUGUCCAAGACUACACUGCCAUUUGGUGAAUCCUUUGUGCUUUUCUACCUUGAUCCAGCUAGGGCUGUAUGGGUGUGGAAACUGGCUUUUCUGCACAUAUCGUUGUCUGUAAUGGGCUGGAGGCAAGGGAGUAUGUGGUUCCCAACCUCAAGCCACCAGUUUGUGCAGCCUACAUGUUGCUCUAUCAAGACACAAUCUUGUUCAUUGGCUUUUCAACCAAAGGUUGGCAGGGGGCAGAGAAGUUGAAUCUAUCUCUACAAUUGGCUUUAGGAUUACAGUAAAUAAUCCUGGCAUCCUGCAUUGCAGUAAUGGGUCUGCAACUACGAUACAACUUCAUGAUCGUGGCACUAUUACUCACUGAAUCCUCCCUUAAACUACAGGAGCAAUUCUGAGCAAUGCAGGUCUGCAGCACUCAAAUUGAGUGCUUCAAAAAGAUGCAGUAGCCCCUUCUUGUCCUUGAACUGAACUUCUCCUCAUUGUAUUGUUGCUCGAAGGUGGGAUCAAGCUAUUUGCACCAUCUUGAUGUGCCCCACUCAGCCAUGCCACAGAUGAUUGCUCAGAGCAGCUUAUUAGAGUUUAAGGAGGGAUUUGGGAAGUUGAAUCCUUAGGUCAUUUGCAGUUAUUUUUACAUAGCUGGAAAUGCAAUGUAAGAUCUCGGCCCAUGAUUUUAAAUGGUAACAGGUUGGAUGAUCUGUGGGCUGGGUCCAGUGCCUAAAGCACUCCUACAUCAACCUCAGUAUCCUUACCAAAAUUUUGGCUAAGUCAUCAUUAACAGGUUUGCCUGUUUCACUGUAAAGGGAAAAAUAAAAUGUUUUGCAGUUGUAUGAAA